GUUGUGAUAAACUUAUUAAAUAGAUGAAUUUAAUGAUUUGGAAUGACUGGAAUGCAUGAGGUUCCCCUGAAGGUAGCUGUGAGGCUGAGGCCGCUGGUGGGUAGGGAGAAUGUGGACCAACUGUGCAUUAGGGUUCAGCCGGACAGGAAACAGAUCAUUCUGGGCAAAGACAGGGCCUUCACGUUCGACUAUAUAUUCCCGCCUGACAGUGACCAAGUAGACGUGUUCCAGACACUCUGUGUCCCCUUGAUCAAACAGUGCUUCCAAGGCUAUAACGGGACUAUCUUCGCCUAUGGACAAACUGGGUCGGGCAAGACACACACGAUAGAAGGAGAGUCGGAUGACGAAUCUCAUGUGGGAAUAGUUCCCCGCUCGAUCGACUUCAUCUUCGCAGAAAUGGAUUCUGUCAGCCAGGAGAAAGAUCACCAGUUUUCGGUGAAGGUAUCCUUCAUUGAGAUCUACAAAGAGGAGUUGCAUGAUUUGCUGGAUAGUGAGAACUACCCCUUCAAGAACCUCCACAUCCGAGAGGACGAGAAAGGAAACACGACUGUGAUCAAUGCUCGGGAAGUCUCCUGCUCCAGUGCCGAGGAGGUGCUAGAGUACGCCGAGUUGGGAGCGACGAUGAGACGCACAGAAGCGACUCAGAUGAACGAACGCUCAAGUCGCUCUCACUCCAUUUUCACUCUCAUUCUAGAACGAAGAAGUGACCCCCCCUCCUCUCAUAACUCAAGUGGCUCUGAAAUCGACUGUUUAUCCUCGAAGAUACAUUUUGUAGACUUGGCAGGAAGCGAGAGGGCCUCCAAAACUGGGAACAUCGGAGAGAGAUUCAAGGAAUCGAUUCAUAUCAACACUGGUUUACUCGCUCUAGGAAAUGUGAUCAGUGCUCUAAGCGACAACAAACGAAAAGCGGGACACAUACCGUAUAGGGAUGCCAAAAUUACCCGCCUGUUGAAAGACUCUUUGGGUGGGAAUUCGAAUACGGUCAUGAUAACUUGUGUUUCGCCAACAUUCAAUAACUUUGACGAGAGUCUGAAUUCGUUGAAGUAUGCUAACCGCGCAAAGAAUAUCCGAAACAAACCGAUAGUGAAUCGCGAUUCGCAAAGCAUGCGGUUCGAAGCACUCCAAUCGGAAAUAAUGUCCCUGAAGGAAGAGCUGCAGCGCGAAAAGUCUUCCAAAACAAGUCACCAAACUCAAAAUGACGACAACGUUACUGCUCUUGAGAGCAAGUUAGAAAGUGCAGCAAAUACAGAACACAGGUUGAAGGAUGCCAUUUUAUACGCCAAGUAUUUGAUGGACCAAAAAGUAGCUCAGGAAAUUACAGAAGACGAUUUCAUGCGUGAGGUGAAAAACUGGAAUCAUGGUCUUACCGAUCCAGAAGUGGAGAUUCCGAAAAUGGACCAGCUAGUGGCCUCGAAAGUAGAACAAUUACGAGGCCAAGUGAAGCAGUUGACAAACGAUUUGGCAUUGGAUGAGCAGAUUUUUAACCAGAAAGCUCAAGAGAUGAGUGCUCUGAAUGCUAAAUUGAAUGACAGCACUACUAGAGAGCAACAGCUGCAGGAAGAGAACCAGAAAAUGCGCCAGGAACUGACAACAUGCAAGAAUCAUAUCAGAGAGCAACAGGAUGUAAUUAUUGAGUUGCAGAAGAUGGUCAAUGAGCAGAAAAGAUCGAUAGAAGUGAUGGUAAGUCAAGGUCAGGGUGCGCAGAGUCAUUACCCGGAGUCGUUUCCGCGUCCUGCCAAAUCAGCGCCUGUGAGACGAGUGACUGACCAAAAUAACUUUUCACACGGAGACGCAAGAAACUUCCACACGAGUCCUUCAGUGUACAACAUGGACAAGAUUGUGCAGAGUUUCAGAGCCAAGUCGCAAAUGUUGGCAACGCAAUGGGAAGAAGGGGACGAGGUGCUUCGAGAUAAUUUCGACGAUGACUCAGCCUCGAAAUCGAAGAACAAUGCAAAUGAGGAGCCGUCGGCAGUUGCGAUGCAGCGUCCUACCAGCAAUUGGUCAGUCUCGAAAGUGAAGGCGGCCUCAAACCCCAAAAGACCUCAACUGAAUUCAAAGAAACCAGUCUUCAGUACAACCACAAUGCAGCAGCUGCUGAAGCUGCCAGAAAUCCACAGUCUGAGAGCGAGUGCGAACUAUUCGAAAGAUGACAUUGAAAAGGCGAAUGGACAGAUUAAAGAAGCUAACAAGAAAAUGAGAGAACUGGCGUUGGCCAUUCGUUUGAAAGAAGAGUUGAUGCGUGAAAUGAUUAAAACAGGGAAAGAGGCUUCAUCGGCGAAGAAGUUGCUGAAAGAAGACUCGGGAUCUGGUGACAGUGUUAAUACUAAUACGCCCAAUAAGAACAGCGGGGCUUCAAGUGGAAAGAGAACCGGUAGCAGCAAAGAUGGAGUUAACCUAGCAGCUUCUAUUCAGAAUCAAGUCGACAAAAAGGUGUCUGACUUGACGGUGGAGCUGCAGAAGAUGAGAUCGCAGUAUGACCAAGUGCAGAAGAGACUGAAGGAGGAGACUGACAAGAAGUGUGUGAUGGAGAAGGGCAUGAUUGCCAACACACACAAAGUGAAGGAGUUGGAGACCAAGUUGGACCAACAGCAGAAGAUACUCAAGAGGAAGAACGAAGAAGUGAAUUUGAUGCGGAAGAGUAGACGUCCCAAUUUCUCCCCCAACAGAAGUGGAAUUCAGCAGGAGCAGCAGCAGCCUAUGAAUGAAGUGGAGGUUGAGAUGGAGAAGCUGAUGCAGAAGAAACAGAUGUUGAACAAGUUGGAGGAAGAGCUAGCCAGAAGAGAACAACUGAUGGCCGAAAAAGAAAACGCGAUCAAGGAGAAAACCCAAAUAGAGGUGAAGAAACUUCGUGCCAGUCAGGUGUUGUCUGGCCAGGCUUUGGAACUAGUAGGCAAAGUUGGACGACUGGACGCCAGUAUCGAAAUGGCAACUGCCAGAGGCGACAAGGAAGACGUUUUGAAUGACUUGGCCAAACAAAGAGACGACUUGCUGAACAAGCGUGACGUAAUUGACGAACAGAUAAGAGAAGGACGUGUUUUGGGAGAUAAUGACGAACGUAAACUAACCGAAUUGGAAGAGGCAGUAGAAAUGCUAGAAGCUGCAAUCGAUUUCAAAUCGGACCAAAUUUCCACUUAUCAAGAGAAAGUAGAGGCUUUGGAAGAGUUCUCCGAACCUAAUUUAUUAAAUAAAGUGUACCAAAUGGAACGACCAGGACUCAUAACAUUACUGACAACUUAUUUCAAAAAGGUAGUAGAUCUUAAAGAGACUGAGAAAAGUUUGACUCUUCAGGAGAAUGAGCUGCUAGUUAAAGUUGACGAGCAGGAAAGAGUCAUUCAAAGCUUACAACACGCUGUCCAUCAGAGCAAAAGUGACUUCGACCGUAGGACGGCCGACAUAAUUAAAGAGUAUGAGAAUAAGACGCAGUUGCUUCUGAAGCAAAUACAAGCUACAGCUAGCAAGCAAGCUAACAGCGAAGAACCGACAGCAAAAAUGGCAACAGAUCCUGUUAUGGAGGUGAAGAUGAAAGAUUUGGAAAGGGAGUUGUUUUACUACAAAACCACAAGCCGCGAUCUGAAAAAGAAAUUGCGCGAACUUGCAGCUUCUGGACUUACAAGUGCGAAUGAUCCGAAGGCUUCAAAUGGAUCCCUUGCCUCGGCCCGAAGUCAACUGUCUAAUGGAAACAAGAUGAAUUUCGCAUCGGAUGAGGUUGUAAACAGUAGACCGAAUACGGGCUCGCACCAGACUCCUCGUUCCUCUCAAGGGCAACAGCUACUGCGGGACGAUCAAAAAGACUCACCCCGAAAUAGGACUCCUUAUUCAGUGCAAUCUAAUGUUACGAGACCCGAAAAAGUUCACAGUGCGAGGGAUACGAAUGCAGCUUCGAAACUUUCGGGCUCGACUGCAAAUGCGGCGCCAUUUACUGGAAGGAACAGUCAAAACUGUGUGUCAGUUGUGAAAUCUAGGAAAGAGUUGAGAGAAAUUGCAGUGCCAGAGUCUAUUUCGAAAUCCACAUUCAGAAAUGAAGCGACAUCUCAGCCGCACACACCGGCAGAUAGUAUGCAAAAGGAUUCGGUCGAUGAAUAAAUCGGUGUCAGAAGCUCAAUUUUAGAAUGUUCGCUUUCUCUGUAGUGCCACGCGCGUCCAUGUUACAAAACUUAGUUUGUGUUUUUUGAGUUUAAAUUGUAUUUAAUGUACAUGUAUAAAUAAAGCUGUUCC